AUGUCUGCUGAAGAAUUCAUUGAUGAGACUGGUAUAGAUGCUUUAGCUCUGUCUGUCGCAAACGUCCAUGGAAAAUACCCUCCAAGGGCCCCAGAUCUACAUGCCUUGAGCUCGAAGAAAUGUGUUUAUUUGGUGCUUCAUGGAGCCUCUGGUUUGUCAGUGGAACUUAUCAAGGGAUGUAUAGAGAGAGGUGUGACGAAAUUCUGCGUGAACACUGAGGUACGCAUGGCUUACAUGGAGUCACUCAAGAGCCCGAAGAAGGAUCUGGUCCAUGUCAUGGCAGCUGCGAAAGACGCCAUGAAAGCCGUUGUUGCUGAGAAGAUUUAUCUUCCUGGUUCAGCUUGA